AGAGCUUCCGCCAGCCCUUGAAACCCCAAGUAGAAGCCCACAGCGGUCGUCGUCCGUUCCUCACUUCUCCAUCUUGCACUCCCUCAGAUCACUUCUUUGUGCUCCAAACCCCUCGCCUCCGUCCUCGCCGCUUCGGUAGCUGGGAUCUAUGAGCAGCUGGCAGACUCUUCUCCUGAGGGUCGGCGACAAAUGUCCCGAGUACGGCGGCGCCGUCGACUACAAAGAACACAUUGAAACAUGUUAUGGUGUGCUCUGGCGAGAAUUUGAACAUUCCAAAGAUGAAAUAUCUGAGCUUCUUCUUCAGUGUGCCGAACAGUUGCCGCAUAAAAUUCCAUUUUAUGGAGUGUUGGUUGGUAUGAUAAAUUUAGAGGAUGAGGACUUUGGAAAAAACAUUGUGGAUGAUCUACACUGCAAGCUACAGGAGGCAUUGUCUUCAGAAAAUUGUGACAAGAUUCGUACAUUGAUGAGGUUUCUGACAGUUCUGAUGUGCAGCAAAGUUAUCCUGCCUAGUUCAGUUAUUGAAGUCUUUGAGACACUUUUAUCAUCUGCUGCCACAAUUAUCGAUGAGGAUGCUGGUAAUCCUUCUUGGCAACCAUGUGCUGACUUCUAUAUAACCUGCAUUUUGUCCUGUCUCCCGUGGGGAGGCACAGAAUUGAUUGAGCAAGUUCCAGAUGAGUUUGAUCGAGUCAUUGUUGGAAUACAAUCUUAUUUAAGCAUCAGGAAGCAUUCUCAAGAUACAAGUUUUAUCGUUUUUGAAGCGGAUGAAGACAAAUCUGCUAAAGAAAAGGAUUUUGUGGAAGAUUUAUGGGAUCAUAUACAAAUUCUUUCCACUAAUGGAUGGAAGGUUGAUAGUGUUCCAAGACCUCAUCUAUCAUUUGAAGAACAGUUGGUCUCUGGAAAGUCUUAUAAUCUUUCUCCUAUUAGCUGCCCUAAGCAAUCUACAUCAUCAUCACGGUCUACAAUUUCUAGAGAAAGAGAAAAUUAUGAAGCUAAGUUAAAGUAUCCUCAACGGCUUCGUCGACUUCACAUAUUUCCUUCAAACAAAAUUGAGAAAAUGCAACCAAUUGAUCGGUUCAUUGUUGAAGAGUAUUUGUUGGAUGUGCUGCUUUACUUCAACGGAUGCCGGAAGGAAUGUGCUUCUUACAUGGCUAGCCUGCCUGUGCCGUUCCGCUAUGAAUAUCUGAUGGCAGAGACAAUAUUUUCACAGAUAAUGUUCCUUCCUCAACCACCAUUCAAACCCAUCUACUAUGCGUUAGUUAUCAUUGAUCUUUGUAAGGCAUUGCCUGGUGCAUUCCCUGCUGUUGUGGCAGGAGCUGUGCGGUCUCUUUUUAAUCGAAUUGGUGAUCUGGAUAUGGAAUGUCGCACUAGACUGAUCCUAUGGUUUUCUCAUCAUUUGUCAAAUUUUCAAUACUUUUGGCCUUGGGAAGAAUGGGCUCAUGUUAAAGAUCUUCCAAUAUGGGCCCCACAAAGGGUUUUUGUACAAGAAGUGUUGGAAAGGGAAGUUCGCCUAUCAUACUGGGACAAAAUCAAGCAGAGCAUUGAGAAUGCACCUGAACUUGAAGAGUUGCUUCCACCAAAGAGUGUAUCUAGCUUCAAGUACAAUUCUGAAGAAGAUCAUGGCUAUACACUUUCUAAGGAGUUCCGUGAAAUGGUUCGAGGAAGGAAGACUGCCCGUGAGAUUACUUCAUGGGUAGAGGAAAAUAUAAUUCAAAUUCAUGGCUCAAAGUUUGCAAUUGAAGUUGUAAUUCAGACCCUUCUGGAUAUUGGUUCAAAGAGUUUCACUCAUCUGAUCACUGUCUUGGAGAGAUAUGGUCAAGUCAUUGCUAAAUUGUGCACUGAUCAAAAUAUGCAAGUGUUGUUAAUAGAUGAAGUGAGUUCCUACUGGAAGAAUAAUACUCAGAUGACUGCUAUAGCCAUUGAUCGGAUGAUGGGUUACCGAAUUAUAUCCAAUUUGGCUAUUGUUAGCUGGGUCUUUUCUCUUUCCAAUAUUGAACAAUUCCAUGUUUCAGAUCGUCCAUGGGAGAUUCUUAGGAAUGCCAUCAACAAGACUUACAACCGCAUCGCUGAUCUUAGAAAGGAAAUUCAAACACUUAAGAAGAGUGUUUUGUUAGCUGAGGAUGUUGCAGUGAAGGCUUUAAAGGAGUUUGAGGCUGCUGAAACACGGCUCGAGGUUGUGGAUGGUCAACCUGUCCAAGCUGAAAAACCAGGAAGAUUGAAGCGCCUAAAAGGAUAUGCUGAGAAGGCAAAAGAUGAUGAGAUAGCUGUAAGAGAAGCUUUGGAAGCCAAGGAUGCUCUCCUUGCUCGAGCACUUGAAGAAAAUAAGAGUUUAUUUGUAUCACUAUAUAAGAGCUUUGCAAAUGUGCUUACGGAACGCCUGCCUCCUGUGUCUGCUGAUGGAGCUUUUCCCAAACUACGGGAUGAGGAAGAUAUAGAUUCCAUGGCGAUUGAUUUGGAGGAGUCAUCUACCAUGGAGAUGGACCAUGAUAACAGGAGAAAGGAUGAUAGGAAUGGUGAAAAGGUAACUCAUCGCUACAGUCUUAAAGAACAAGACCAGUGGUGCCUAUGCACAUUGGGUUACGUCAAAGCAUUUUCAAGGCAGUAUGCAACAGAGGUUUGGCCACAUCUUGAAACACUGGAAGCUGAGGUGUUUGGUGGAGAUAUCCAUCCGCUUUUCAGGAAAGCUGUCUUUUCUGGUUUAUGCCGAUCAACCACAGAAAUGUGACAUCUUUGAUUUUUCAUUUCUUUGUUUAGUUGAUUCCUCACUUAAUAGUUUAGUUUCUUUUUUUUUUCUUCCUCUUCUGGAUGUAUACUAUUUAUUCCAUCUUAAUUUCAGUCUUGUAACCAAAGUUCUGUAUUGAAAAGAAUUUUGAGAUGUAUUUCUUUUCCUUACAAUGUAAUGUAUUUUAACACAAUGGUCUUUUUUUUUUGCCCA